AUGGAAUCUGAAAAAGGAAAUGAUGGAAAAAUGUCACGUUCUAUUGAUAGCUCGAUUCUUUUCAAUCCUGGAAAUACUCUCGAUGUAAAAAAUUCUAUUCAGAGAAACAUUGGAAAUCCAAAGGAAGUAAUUACUGAAGCAGAGAACAGAAUUGGAGAUAAAGUACAAGGUGAAACAAUAUCAUUUUCUGAAAAUAGUAACUUCUCGCAUUCCAACUUUGAAACUGUAUAUGAUGAAUAUGAAGAAGACAAAGAUGUACGUUGGAAAUUACCGAAGAUAAAAAAGUUACCAACCCUCUCAACCCUACUACGUGAAUGGCGUGCAAUACAGGUAAUUCUGCUUUCGCAGCACCAUACACAUUUUAAAAAACAUAUAAAUACAUCAUCUUCUUUAUUUUUGUAUUAUGUUUUUGCACUAAAUAAUGUAUCUACGAUUUUGAAUAAAUAUUGUGUAUUAUAU